CUUCCCCAGCUUUUGCAUCGUUUUUGCUUGGUAUUUUCAAUAUCUCAACGUCCAUACACACCUAAACCUUCAUACCUUAUACAACUUGACCGCAUUCGUAAAGAUCCGUUAUCGACGAUAACCCCGAAAAUAUCACGACAAACCGAGACCUUCUGUGUUACAUAAUAAACACACCAUGCGCAAUCCUUUCAAGCCGAGACAAGCGCCUUCUCAAAGCUGGGCCGGGAGACCGAGAGCUCUGUCAGCCGAUGACCCAGUCUUCAAAGACCUCGACGAAGAUGAACGAAAGGACAUCGAGAGCAACUCUAUCAGCCAACAACAGAAGACGUCACAAGAAUCAAACAGAGAGCCGCUGAAGCCUUCUGGGUCGGAUAGCGCCGUCUCUGUGGGAAGCGGAUCAUCUUCCCAUCACAGCGUCAGCGCUGAUAUCGGCCAAGGUUAUGCCGCAAUCGCAGGAGCUUUCUCUGGCACCGACCACUCUGGACAUUGACCGCGGAGGAUCGGAUCGAAUUCAUCUCGAAAUCUUUGGUCGAUUCGCAGGCUUAUGGACGGAAUGGAUGCCUUUUUGGAUAGCAGGGGACGAACAAAGGGGAGCUGGCAACUUAGUUAUGUUUUACGAGCGAAAGAUACCCAAACAAUUCUUUAUUCAAUGUCG